UUCCGUCGCGCCGCGGCGCGCCCGUUCAAAUCGCCCGAUCAUUGCAUCCGACAAAUAAUUUGGAUAUAUUUUCCCGAUUUGUGAAGGAAUUCAAUUUCAAAAAUGCCGAAAUCAAAGAGAGACAAGAAAAUAUCACUUACUAAUACCAGUAAAAAAGGUUUAGUUUUGAAGCAACGUAUUAUAGAAGAUGUUAAGAAAUGUGUGGAGGAAUAUAAUCGUAUAUUCCUAAUUUCUAUUCAAAAUACACGCAAUACUAAGCUACUUAGCCUACGCGCUGAAUGGAAAGACAGUAGACUUGUCUUUGGUAAGAUCAGAAUAAUUGCAUUAGGUCUGGGAAUAUCACCAGAAACUGAAGUUGCAGAUGAUAUCCAUAAAUUAGCUAAUGCAAUGAGGAAUUAUACAAUGAGAGGUCAAUGUGGUCUAUUGUUUACCAAUAGAUCAAAGAAACAGGUAAUAGAAUGGGCGAAUGGAUAUGAAGAAUUGGAAUAUGCACGUGCUGGAUUUGUAGCACCUUAUUCAAUAGAAUUACCUGAGGGUCCUCUGCCACAAUUCCAACACAGUAUGGAACCACAAUUGAGGCAGUUGGGUAUGCCUACUGCAUUGCAAAAGGGAAUUAUUACUUUAAUCAAACCAUACAAAGUCUGUCAGGAGAGUGACGUACUGACAUCGGAACAAACACAAAUUUUGAAAUUAUUAGACAAACCACUAGCAACUUUUAAGUUGCUACUUCUGGGACUAUAUACCAAGAAACAUGGUUUUAAAAAACUUGCGGUAUCUCAAGACACAAAAGAAAAUGAUGAAGAAAUGGAUAUGGAGAAAAAUAACGAUACAUGAAAUUAUCAUUAUGUAAAUAUAGUUUUAGGAAGAAAAAUAUA